AUUGGUACCAUAAAAACAAAAGCCAAUGUGUGCUGUGUUCAAUUUCCACUAGAUUCCAGUCGCUCUCUUGCAUUUGGUUCAGCAGAUCAUAGAGUUUAUUACUACGAUCUUCGUAACUCGCGAGCUCCACUGUGCACAUUGGUUGGACACAGUAAAACUGUGAGUUACGUGAAGUUUGUUGACUCGACAACAAUGGUUUCUGCAUCAACGGAUAACACGCUGAAGCUCUGGGAUAUGUCAGCCUGCGCAUCUCGAGUCAUUGAUGCUCCACUGCACUCAUUCACGGGACAUAUGAACAUGAAGAACUUCGUUGGUCUAUCAGUGUCUGAUGGUUACAUUGCUACUGGCUCAGAAACAAAUGAGGUGGUGAUCUACCAUAAAGCCUUCCCAAUGCCAGCAUUAUCAUACAAGUUCAACACCACAGACCCGGUCUCCGGGCAUGAAAUGGAGGACACGUCCCAGUUCAUCUCAUCGGUCUGCUGGCGAGGCAAGUCGUCGACCCUCGUUGCUGCAAAUUCGACCGGCAAUAUCAAAAUCCUGGAGAUGGUUUGA